AUGCCCCCCACGUUGUCCAAGCUCCUCUCCCUUCUCACCCUUGUCGGCAUAUCUUCCGCUGCUGCAGUUGUGAAGCGGAACCCUUGCGACGGCGUCGACGCUUCACCUGAGCUCUACCAUGAAUACAGGACGGAUGUAUGCCCCCCUAAGAACAGGCUUGAUGCUGAUGGCACUUGUCCCUUCGUUGACGGAUUCGACGGUCCGGACUUGAAAUACCUCCGAUGUGCCAAGUACUGCGAGAUUCGCACCAAUUUCUUCUGGGGCCGGGAACAACCGUUUGCCAACACCUAUUGCCACGGUCCCAUGGCUUGCACUAUUACCGAGACCAAGACUCGCACCGUCACUUGGAACGCCGGUGGUAACCUGAGCUUGAAGGUCCGAGAGGCCCUCACACUGGGCGUCUCAGGAUCCUAUUCUUCUGCCGAGGCCGACGCGUUCGCCAGAGCCUUCUCCGUCAAGCUGGAGAACAAUGAGUGCGGCUACUUCACCUUCGUCCCCGUCAUCCACGACUCAUGCGGCAGUUUGACGGAGGGCCCCGCCGAUAACACCCCCGGUUUUCCUCGCGCCACCUGCACGGAUGAUCGUGGUAAAUGGUCCACCACCGGCAACUAUUGCCAGUCCCAGCUCAAGCGCCAUCCCGACGAAACGGUCGACGGUGAUACCAUCUUCGUCAGGACAGACUGCUCCACGCGCAAGCCUCUCCCUGACGAUAAGCAGGACGACAUUUACAAGCGGCCUGGUGUGCCUCUACCCCGGGUCCUACAGGAUGCGUGGGCCACAACUUUCGACCAGAUGAGCACCGGCGACUUCAAUAUCCAGGGAGCCAUAGAGUGUUCUGGUGAGGGCUCUGGCCCUCUUCAUGCCUGCCGCGCAUUGGGAGCCGGUCAAGCCGAUAUCGAGGGCAAGUGGACUAUCCCCGCCGGCCGCAAGGGUGAUCACCACUGGUUCGGUGACUUUCCCCUCGACACCAACGAACCGGGCUGCUCUUUCUAUAUCGACUUCCUGGAGGACCUUGACCCUGAGAAGUGCCCUAUCAACCCCACUGGACUUGCUACUAUCAUUGACAGCAUCACCGAUGCCUGCAAGGACAAGGGGGUUUAUGGAUCGGCUACUUUCGGUGGCGAUUGCCCGAUCCGUCUUGUUACUGGGAAGCGCUCAUGGCCAGAGGGCACUUCCCGUCCUGCGUAA